AUGCCUCAAACCGAACCGAAACCUGUGAUACAAGAGGUUCGGCCGAGCACUAAUCAAAACCAACCUAACCUCCAAGACGACUUGCGCGCAUUGCGAGAGGAAAUGGCCGCUAUCCGAAGGCAGAGGGAGGCUGACGCCAGGGAGUUGGCCGAACUACGCCGCCAAAAUGCCGAGCUUCGAAACCUUAACCAGACAUACGUGCCGUCAACUCCUACCCUUCUAGAGGAGUCAGCAUGUCAUGCCCCGACCGACCAUAUGACCCGAGCACCGGUCACCUCUCUGAUAGCUAACAAGGCCGACAACACCACUCACUCCCUGAGGCACCCCUUCUCUCGAAGGAUAAUGGAAGCAACCCUGCUAGAUCACUGGAAAAGCAUGCCGAUCGAGAAGUACGAUGGGUCCUCUAACCCCGAGGAGCAUUUGAAUGUUUUCUUAACCCAAGCGACCUUAUCCACUCAAGAUGACUCGGCUUUGUGCCGGAUAUUCCCCACAUCGCUGAAAGGAAGAGCUUUGAGUUGGUUUACGAGACUGCCGAAUGCCUCCAUUGACUCGUUUGGUGAGUUGUCGUCCCAGUUCACCCUACAGUUCGCAACGAGUAAGCCGUACAAGACGACCUCAUUAGCCUUGGUCGGGGUCCGUCAGGAAAAGAAAGAAAGCCUGAGAAACUUCAUGGACCGAUUCAACAAGAUUGCAAUGGAGAUUGGUGAUCUUAAUCAUGUCGUGGCAUUGGACCGGCUGAGCACGACCCUCAAGCCGGGACCAUUCGUGAACAGUUUGUGCAAAAAACCACCCGUUGAUAUGAAUGACCUCCGACGAAGAGCCGAGAAGUAUAUGCAAAUGGAGGAAUUGGCGGAGACCCGAAACUAG